AGGUUUACACAAUGCUUAUCCAAAGUGGUAAUAACCAGCUGAAUACAAUCCACAAGUUCAAAUCAAAAGACAAUUUCAUUUCCGCAAAUAUUUAACUUCGUGAUCAUCAUAAUUUCUCAUCUUUAGUGUAACAAGUGAACCUUCAGCCUGUGAAGUAAUUAUGAGAGCCUUGGCACGGUUGCAAACAAAGUAACGUUUGGAGGACAUCGCUGUAGGCAAAACUUUUUGGAACACCAAACUUCCUUAACUCCUGUGUUAGAGAUAAUUUCCGUGAACAUGAACUCAAAAAAAUUCACCUGCUGUGACUACUAUCUCCAAAUCCCAUCGAACGCGGAAGUAAAAGCCAUUCCGUUGAACUCUUUGCCUCUUAAAGUUUUUCAAAAGUUCCGUCAGAUGGAUAAUUACAUUGAUGGCGGCAACGCCCCUUGUGUUAUCUUUGUGUCGCCUGUAACCAAAAGUACACUUCAGAUAAACCACAAGCUGACUACACUGAACAAGGAGGCCACGAAACAGACGUUCUCCGAGGGAAACCACAGAACCCAUUUUGCCGGAACUCCAACUGACUUUACGACUGGAGAUGAGGAAGACGCUGAGGAUUGUUUUGUCCCUAUAAGAUCCUCCAAAAAAAUUGCUUCAACCAUUUUGCAGCUAUUAGGGAAGAGCAACGACAAGACUGCCUUUAUUCAUGAUAAAAAUACAAGGCCAAACUUCAAGGAAGCCCUUAUUUUUAAUCUAAGAGUGGUUGACAUCAGAGCCAGGGCAUUGUGUAAGUACAAAAACACGAUGUACCUACUGCCAGCUCAAAAAGCCAACGUUUCUGAAGAACAGGAUUCGCCUGGAAUCGCGGACAAAUUUUCUCCCAGCCAUGGAAUAAUGAAAUAUAAAUGCAAUAAAAUGGAGCAAAAUAUUCUGGUCAAAAACAAAAGGCCAGACAUAGCUCAGCCUCGUCAUGAGCCACUUAUUUCUUUGGCUAAAGAUAGUAUUUUACCCAGUGGUCUCUUAGUUCCACAACGAAGAUUAAUAGAGAAAACCCCCAAUGAAAGCCAAUUCUCUAUUAUCCAAACAGAGCUAAAUCCAUCACAAGGCUAUAGUCUACAACACGUUCAGCACCCUUUGGCGAUCCAACAAUUCAAAAGAAAAAUCUACAACGAAGAUGCAAAAUCUGUAAAAAAGAGACCUAAUCCUGGAGGUUCAGCUACAGAUCACAAAAGAAACUUUGUAACUAUUGCAUCCACCUCUUUAGAUAACCUUCCAUGUGUUCCUGAGGAAUUUCCACGUUAUUCUUGUUAUCCAAGUCAAAUAUCACCAUCUAGAGAAAGUCCGCAACCAAUUUCUAGUUGUGAAGGUUGUUCAGACUUUGACUCGAGAUCCAGUUCGCCUUUUUCAGCAGUUACUAUUUCCACAAAUACUUCGGAAGGUUUUGAGUCUGACCAAAAUGAGGAACCACUUGACAUCCGGAGGAGGCCAGAGCAAGCAUCUUCUUUACAUCAACAAGACGAAACAGCCAAAGACAAGACGGCUCAAAGACUUCUACAAUGUUGUCCUUUGGCGAUGGAGAGUCCUUGUCCUGGAGAUUCAGAUCACAAAAUACAAUUUGGAACUAUUUCAACCACCUCUUCUAUCAUGGAGUCUGCCGUUCAUUUAGAAACCUCUCCAUGCAUUUCUGAUGAAUUUCCAGGUUUCUCGUGUUAUCGAGGUCAAAUAUCACCAUCUAAAGAGAGAGCAGUAAGAGCAGGGUCUCCUUUAUCCAAACCGUUGUUAAGUAUGGAUCUCCAAAUUCCCCAACCAACUUUUAAUUGUAAAGGAUGUUCAGAUUUAGACUCAAGAUCCAGCUCACCUUUCUCAGCCGUUUCUAUUUCUACAAAUACUUCAGAAGGUUUUGAGUCUGACCAAAAUGAAGAACCAUUUAGCAUCAGGAGGAGGCCAGACCAAGAAUCUUUUUUAAGUCAUGAAGAUGAAACAACCCAAGAUGAGAGGUCUCAAAGGCUUCUACAACGUGUGAGAGAGCUAAAUGAGCAGGUGGAGAACAUACGUGCUAAAAAAAAUUAAAUAUAAGUCCUGCAUAUAUUGUUACAUUGUAUUAUUCAUCGGCAUAACGGGUUGCAUGGUAUUUUACCUCUUGAAAAAUUGUUACAAAGUUCAUUUCAACUUUUGCAGUCAGAUUUGAGGAAAUUUUAUAUGGUUGCUAUGUUUGCUGUGUGUUCUUAUUUACACAACAUAUCAUUACAUUUUUUUCAUAUUUUUUACCUUUUAGAAGUCUCAUAGGCGACGGUGUCAUGGCAGACUGUAGGUGUUUCUAAAUGUUCAGUGUGGGUCUGUCCCAAAAGAAAGGCUUAGGACAGGCUAAGUUCCCUCUCAUUGACAUGCAAAUUAGAGAAGUCAUAACUUGUAACCCAUUGUUAGGACAGACAGUUGUGUUGCUAUGGAUAUUUAGGUGAUUUUAUAGCAUAUGUAUUUGUUAGUUAGUAUAACAUGGUUAUACUAAUGAGACCAUGAAUUUUAAAAAUCUAUUCGUUUCCACUCCGGGUCAGUAAAUUUGGAACGGUUAGAAUGGACCGGUCUAUUCUCGUGAGCGUUUCCACUGCAAAUCAGACCGUCAGGGACCAUACAGGGUUUAG